AGUUAGGCCACAGCAGUUCCUCACAACCGACGUGAACCGUCCCGGACCGUGCGCAACGCCAUUCCACAGUGAAGCUCUCUUUUCCUUAUUCGAGCGCGCGAAAUUCUCCCACACCCGUACGAGCAGUGUGCAGUGCAUGCCUACCGCGUCUGUUGGCGGUAGCGACGCGUGAGUGUUUUAGCCAGAAGUGUGAUCGGAGCAAAAACUUUCACUACUUUCUCAAUCGGCGGCGCGAAGGCGAAUCCGGCAAACCGAACGGAUCCGGCCAGCCAGUAGCAAAAGCGGCAUCACCAGCGAAUGACCGACCGGUUCAAGCUUGCGUGCAUUUCCCCAUUCGGCGUAGGAUCGGAACGUUCCUUUUCUGAGUGGUUUUGAUAGCAGCGGAACAGUAGUUCAGUGUGGUCGGGAAGUCGGUACUCCCCCGAAACGUGAGACGUAGACACACCAAGUGUUUGUGAAAUUUUGUGAGUGAUUAGUGAAAAAGGUGUACCGAUGUGUUUGUGACUGUGAAGGGCACCUACUUAUCGUCGGCCACUCAAUCGGUGGAUAAAGAUCGACGGGUUUCGUAGCUCACAGGAGGACGCUGAACCUUGCGGAGCCAAAAGGGCGCACCUAUCGCUGGACAGUAAGAUUGACGACAUGGACCACCAUCCAUUGCUGGGCAAAGCGGAAGUCGUCAUCGUUGUCUAAGUCCAACAGUUUCAAAUUGCGCGCCGCACACGAGACCAAAUGACUGAAUUAGCUUCGACUGGAUUGGUUUUCAAGAGGGAUUUGGAAAGUGACACAUGCACCCCAUCCAUCAAGUGAGAGUGGAAAUUAAUCGAAGAAAGUGAACACAGUGAUGCAGUAGUUCUAAUAAUAAACGAAAGUGAAUAAAAAAAAAUUAAAGACCUUCGGUACGUGUGCAGCCUGCGAGUAGACGCUUCUGCUAGGAUAGGAAGAAAUAUGCAAUCAAGUGCAACCGAUAUGGAAUCGAGGCUGGUUGGGGAUCAUCACUGUGGCCAUCAUUGCGACAAAAACGGUCCUAGCCCUCGGAGAAAGAUGGUCAGCGGAUCUUUAUCGCGACGGCGGUGGUUGGCAGUGGCGGUGUGUGUAAGUGCGUUGAUGAGUAUGGCGGUGGCCGCCACCGAAGAAAGUACGACACUGGCCGAGAUCGACGAUCAGACCACCGCCAAUUACCAUAAUCAGACAAUCGAUGACAGUAGUGAUAGCAGUGCGGAUCGGUUAAGUGAGGAAAUUAGCAACCUGACCAUCUCGACCGAGCAGCCCAUUACGGUUAGCACGGCGCGCAGUAGAAAGCCCUUGUUUUCGACCGGAAACCGCCUCUGGGACGCCCUGAUUGCCGAGUGCAUCAAGAAGCCAACGUUCGCUUGUAUUCAAAAGAACGUAUACAGCUUUCUCGGCGACUCGUUGGAAGUUGGGGACUUUAACGUGAGCAAUCGAGUGAUAUUCACCAAGAAUCGCGUUGAUUUCACCAAAUAUACCCGGGAGGUGAACGAAGGAGACGACGAUGAGAUGGAUAACGAGAUUCCGGACGCGAGAGGAGAUUUUGAACAAACAUCACCCAUCGAAGAGGUGACCACGGCGCUGCACGGCAAAACUCUGAAGUUUAUGCUGACUCACGAUGUCAACAUCCGUAUGCCGGAGAUUAUGUUCGAUGGAGCCAUACUGCGUAUCGAACCGCGUGCCAUCGAGGGCAACGGAAUGCUGGCCAAGUUGGAGUUCCUGCCGCAGACGACCAUCAUGGCGCGAGGGGCUUCCGAGCCGAGGAUCCUGUUCAAAAAGAUUAAAAAAUUCCUAACAAGCAAACUCCUGUUGGCUUUCCUGGGAGUCAUCCUGGUGAUUAAAAUCAUCAAAAUCAAGGUUAUGUGGUUGCUUCCGCUGCUGGUCGGCGUUGGCACCGCCAAGAAGCUUGUCCUCAAGUUCCUGCUGUUCCUCUUCCCAGCUUUGUCGCACAUCUUCAAGCUUUGCUCCUACUACCACGCAUCGUACCACAAGCCGAACUUCCAUCACCACCAGCAUCACAUCAACCAUCUGCACUCGUUCUACCAGCAUGACAAGGAGCUCCCGGAGCUAAUAUUCACCAAGCCCCCUCGCGGUCAUCCCUCGGAGUAUCUGCACGGAGCACCAGUCCCACCGCAUGCGCACUUCCAGCCGGAGAUUCACUACGAGUCGUCCGGACCCGGACUUGGAUCAGAGUUCAUUAGCGAUAGAAACUCUUACGUAGACACCUCGUUCAAGCCAAGGUACGAGGACUUGAACGAUAUCAAUGCAUGGGGUUUGGGCACUGGCACAACAGCAGCACUGCCUCAGCUACCACCAUCAUCAUCAUCUUCAUCAUCAUCUGCAUUCUCUUCACCUUCCGGUAGCAAUCACCACCCCCACAGCAGCAAUGUAAAUCCACUCAUGCAUCAACAGUCCAGAAUCGUUGUUCCCAAACCAGUUUAUGGCCCACCACCCUCAGUCUAUGGAUCAUCGGCGCACAGCUUCUCCUCGAAACGAUCGCCAACCGGAGCGGCAAGUUCCAUCGCAGCCUCGUACGUGUCAGCCCCAUCCGGAUCGACGGCGGAAGAACAGCUGAUACGUGAAGCACAACGACAGGAAGCCUACAGGAUAGCCCAGGAGCAGAAGCUAAUUGCCAAGCAGCAACAGAUUGUCAAUCACCAAGCGUUCGUGCAGGAGGGCGUCACUCCGCGACCCAUCGAUCCAUUCUACAGUCCCAUACUGCAACGGUUGGACAAGGUGUUCAACGCGCUCGGCGUUGUGGAUGAGAAUUGCCGCGAACGGCUCGUUUGCGCCAUGUACAAGGCACCGAUCAAGUACAGUCCGCACAGUAACUACGUUUCGGCGGAACUGAGCAGGGACGCUUCGGAGUUGCAGAAACCCACCUCGACGAACGCGGCCGUGAUUCGGUUUUACCGGUACGUGCAGGCGGCCCGCGACGGCCAGGACCAGCGGGAUUGCCGGCAGACUUACUCGCUCUGUACAAUCAACAUUGACAAGAAGAAGUAGUAAUCGCAAAAAUGACACAGCAAAUCAACGGUAUACCGGAAAACGAAAAGGAAAAAAAAAAUCAAAUAUGGAAAUCAAUGAAAAGGAACUUAUGGAACAAAUUGCUCAAAAUUAGGGACGAACGGUGAAGGUGUGUGAAAUACCUCAGUCAAAAAAAGGGAAAUAAAAUAAUGAUGAGAUUUUGAAGUUGGAAGCAUUCCUGUUCGAGGAUAGGCAAGUUUAGUAUGAAAAACAAGCUGUUAUUCGCUCUCAUGUAAAUAAUAAUAAAAAAGUAGCCACAAAGAGUGUAAAAUACACUGCUUAGUAGAUUGUUAAGUAGUUUUCCAGUAGUAGAACGCCUAGUUAGUCAAACUUUCUUAGAAUUAGCUGAUAAAUGAGGGUAUUCAGGUGUUGGAUCAUGUAAGAGCAACAAUUGAUAGAGAAUAGUUUCAAUAUAUGAAGGCAAUCUGUCCAUAAGAGCAACGAUUAAGCGAUAGAUAAUAUUUAAGGGUCAACUUUUGCUUUGGCCAAAGGUUUUCACAUAUGCAAAAACUAUGAGGUUCCAACAGUGCACCGAAUCGUUUCAGGUUAUAGCUAUAGCAUAUUUAUUCAAGAGCGUUUUUGAAAUCUACGUGAAAUCUACGCUUGCUAAAUGUUAGUAAAUUAUUUGAUUUUAUGUCUAAUUUAUUGAAUAUUUAUUUAUUUAUUUAUUUUCGUGCUGUAAAAACUAGGAACUAAUAAAACUAUAGAAUGUAAAA